GCGCGUGCGCGGUGGGCGCGGCCGGCUGGACGUGGUGCCUGCUGGGUCAGGGGCGUCGCGGCCCGGGUUAUCCACUCUAUGGUGCGCAGGUGCUGCGGCCGCCGGCGGACGCGUCUUCGGGAUGGAGCACAUCCGUACGACCAAGGUUGAGCAAGUGAAAUUACUUGACCGAUUCAGUACGAGCAACAAGUCGUUAACAGGAACCCUGUACCUCACGGCCACACACCUGCUGUUUAUAGACUCUCAGCAGAAAGAAACCUGGAUACUGCACCACCAUAUUGCCUCGGUGGAGAAACUAGCUCUCACGACUUCUGGAUGCCCUCUUGUGAUCCAGUGCAAGAACUUCCGGACUGUGCAUUUCAUCGUUCCCAGAGAAAGAGACUGCCACGAUAUUUACAACUCUUUGCUACAGCUGUCAAAACAAGCAAAAUAUGAAGAUCUCUAUGCAUUCUCUUAUAAUCCCAAACAAAAUGAUUCAGAAAGGCUGCGAGGUUGGCAGCUCAUCGACCUCGCUGAGGAGUAUAAGAGGAUGGGCUUGCCGAAUUCCAACUGGCAGCUGUCCGACGCCAACCGUGACUACGAGAUUUGUGAAACUUAUCCCAGAGAACUUUAUGUUCCCCGAAUAGCAAGCAAACCAAUCAUUGUUGGUAGUUCCAAGUUCCGGAGCAAGGGGAGGUUCCCAGUUCUUUGCUACUAUCAUCAAAGUAAGGAGGCCGCCAUUUGUCGCUGUAGUCAGCCACUGUCAGGAUUCAGUGCCCGGUGCCUGGAGGAUGAGCACUUACUUCAGGCCAUCAGCAAAGCCAACCCAGCCAACCGCUACAUGUAUGUCAUGGACACCAGGCCCAGACUGAAUGCAAUGGCCAACAGAGCAGCUGGAAAAGGUUAUGAAAAUGAAGACAACUAUUCUAAUAUUAGAUUUCAGUUUGUUGGAAUUGAAAAUAUUCAUGUCAUGCGGUCCAGCCUUCAGAAAUUAUUGGAAGUCAGUGGUACCAAAGGGCUUUCCGUCAGUGAUUUCUACUCGGGUCUGGAGAACGCAGGAUGGCUGCGCCAUAUCAAAGCCGUUACGGACGCUGCAAUCUUCUUAGCCAAAGCAGUAAUGGUUGAAAAUGCGAGUGUGCUGGUACAUUGCUCUGAUGGCUGGGACAGGACUUCCCAGGUCUGUUCCCUGGGCUCUCUCUUAUUGGAUCCCUACUACAGGACAGUCAGAGGAUUCAUGGUUUUAAUAGAAAAAGAUUGGAUCUCCUUUGGACAUAAGUAUUCGGAGAGGUGUGGCCAUUUGGAUGGUGACCCAAAGGAAGUUUCACCGGUGUUCACUCAGUUCUUGGAAUGUGUGUGGCAUUUGACGGAACAGUUUCCACAAGCCUUCGAAUUCAAUGAAGCGUUUCUUCUCCAGAUCCAUGAACAUAUCCAUUCAUGCCAAUUUGGAAACUUUAUUGGAAAUUGUCAGAAGGAAAGAGAAGAACUCAAGUUAAAGGAGAAGACUUACUCCCUGUGGCCGUUUCUUUUGGAUGACCAGAAGAAGUACUUCAAUCCUCUCUACAGUUCCACAUCGGAGAAAUUGGCAGUUUUGGAGCCAAAUACAGUAUCUUUCAAUUUUAAGUUUUGGAGAAACAUGUACCACCAGUUUGAUCGAACAUUGCACCCUAGGCAGUCUGUGUUUAAUAUCAUUAUGAAUAUGAAUGAGCAAAAUAAGCAGUUACAGAAAGAUGUUAAAGACUUAGAAUCUCAAAUUAAGCAACGUAAAAAUAAGCAGACAGAUGGAGUUCUCACCAAGGAAUUGUUAAAUUCAGUUCGUCCUGAAUCACCUGCCCUCAAAACCUCCUUGUACAGUCUCAAGGAGCAGACUCUGCUGCCUGUGAAUGACGCUCUCCGAACUAUAGAGGGCAGCAACCCCGCAGAUAACCGCUACAGCGAGUACGCAGACGAGUUUUCCAAGUCGGAGCCUGCGGUGGUCGGCUCAGAGUAUGGCGUGGCCAGAAUGACGUGUUAGGCUCAGAGAGAGUGAUUUCUGGCUGCCUGCGGUGCGAGAAGGGGGUCAUUGUGAGGAUGGUCUGUGUGCGUGACCCCAGGAAUCUGCCUGAUGAUGAUCUUAGAGUUGACCAGUAGGUUGAUAGUUGAA